ACGACAACUUUACUGUAGUGUGCGAAGCACGUGUAUAAAGCUAGUACCAGAAUCAAAAUAAACACACGAUUCCUGACAGGGAGGACCGUCUUUACUCUUGAGCUGCAUGGCUGCCGCUUUUUUAGGGUGCUAAGUUGUCAUUCAGUGCAAUAACGAUGCCUAAACCGAACAAUACAGUUGAACUUGGUUUUGUGGAAAAGUCGCCCCCGUGGAAACUUAGGUCAAAGUUUUUCCCCAGCAAGGUUGGUGGGUAUCCAGCAUGGUUAGCCCUUAAAAAUCUCCCAACAACUAAUGAGUUGUUGUGUAAGAAAUGUAGCGACCCGCUUGCCUUUAUGUGCCAGUUGUAUGCACCGCACCAUGAUAAAUCUGAAUGCUUCCACAGGACAGUGUUUGUUUUUGUCUGUCGAAAUCCAGACUGCAGUGAGGAAAAUGAUGCCUCAAAUAUUCGUGUUUUUAGAUCGCAGCUACGAAGAGAAAAUGAUUACUACCGUGCAACUCCAGCUGAGGUAAUAGUAUUUUUCUGUCUUUGUUAUUCAUGAUAGGAAAUGACAUAC